AUGGACGCACGAUUCCUCAACGCAGUCUACAAAUGGACCGUGCCGGCCAUCAUCGGCUACGGCAUUGCCCAGUCCUCCAUGUACGACGUCCGCGGAGGCACCAGAGCUGUCAUAUUCGACCGGUUAUCCGGUGUCAAGGAGGACGUCGUGAAUGAGGGCACACACUUCCUGGUCCCCUGGCUCCAGCGCUCCAUCCUCUUCGACGUCCGCACCAAGCCGCGGAACAUUGCCACCACCACCGGCAGCAAGGACUUGCAGAUGGUGAGCUUGACCCUCAGGGUGCUGCACCGCCCGGAGGUCAAGUCGCUCCCCAAGAUCUACCAGAACCUCGGAACAGACUACGACGAGAGGGUACUGCCCUCCAUCGGCAACGAGGUGCUCAAGUCCAUCGUGGCCCAGUUCGACGCCGCCGAGCUCAUCACACAGCGUGAGGCCGUCUCCAACCGCAUCCGCUCCGACCUGAUGAAGCGCGCCUCCGAGUUCAACAUCGCCCUCGAGGACGUCUCCAUCACCCACAUGACCUUUGGCAAGGAGUUCACCAAGGCCGUCGAGCAGAAGCAGAUCGCACAGCAGGACGCCGAGCGGGCGCGCUUCAUCGUCGAGAAGGCCGAGCAGGAGAGGCAGGCCAACGUCAUCCGCGCCGAGGGCGAGGCCGAGAGCGCCGAGACCAUCAGCCGGGCCAUCGCCAAGGCCGGCGACGGCCUCAUCCAGAUCCGAAAGAUCGAGGCCAGCAGGGAGAUUGCGCAGACCCUGGCGGGCAACCCCAACGUCGCCUACCUGCCGGGCGGCAAGCAGGGAGGCCAGUUUUUGCUGUCCGUGGGCAAGGCGUAA